AUGAGAAUUGGUACUAAAUCAGAAUUAAAGGAGUAUCUAGAUAAAACUAAUGUUGAUUAUAAAAUACUAUUUAAUAACAGUUUAAAUCUUCUUACUAGUAAUUUAACUAUAGAUGAAAUUAUUGAUUUAAAUAUAGAAUGUAUUCCUCUAGUAUUGGGUGUCUUUUAUAAGGAGGGAAUGUUUAGUGAAAUAGAAGACAUGGUUGAAACUGUUAAUAGACCAAAUUCUAAUUUUAUUGAAAGCUUUGUUAUUAAGUAUAAAUAUUUAGUUGAUAAGAUUAAUAAUAAUGUUGAUAUAGAUGAGUUAUAUAGAGAGUUGUUUAAUAGUAGAUUGUAUAUGAAGGGUCAAUUAGUUAACUGUAUAUUAGAUUAUAAUAUAAAUAAUAAUAUUUAUAAGACCAUAGAUUGGGUAGAGACUGAUAGUAAUGAUAUUAAUUCUUAUUAUUAUUUCUAUAUUGGGUAUAUAAACUUAAUAUUGAAUAAUUUAGAUGAAAGUCUUUAUAAUUUCAAUGAGUCUGAAAUCUUUAUUAAAGAUAAUGAUGAGUUGUUAUUAAAAAUUAAUAAGUAUAAAAUAUUGAUUAAUGUUUUAAAAAAUAACUUUAAUAUUAAAAUAUCUGAUGACAGUCUUAAUAGUUAUGCUGAGUUAAUUAAUUAUGUUAGUAGUGGUAAUAUUGAUGAAUUGAAUAGAUUGUUAGAUACCAAGAAAAAUGAAUUUAUUAAUGAUCGUGUUUAUUUUAUUAUUAAAAGAUUGUUAUCAAAUACUCUAAUUCAGGGUAUUAAAUCUAUUUCACUUUGUUACUUAAGAAUUAAAAUUGAUGAUAUUAGUAAGUUGUUAAAGUAUAAUAUUGAAUAUCUUAUUAGAGAGUGUAUUAAGGAUGGUAUUAUUUGUGGUUGUAUUGAGGAUGGAGUUUUAAUCACAUCAAAAUGUCAAAUUAAUAAUUCUUCUAAUAAAGAUAUUCAAUCAUUAAUUUUAUUAAAGAAUACAAUUUAUGAUAAUAUGAUUUAUAAUGACAUUCCUGUAUUGAAUUAUGAAAUUGUUAAGAAAGAAGCUGAUGCUUUAGAAGAAAAAUAUUAA